UAGAUGUCACUACUGAUGAAGUGAUAUUGAUAUCUUCUAGUUUGGUUGUAAUUUUGUGACCUGGCGUAGUAUGGUGUAAUAUGUCAAGUGGCAAUUCGCCCAGGCCAUAAGGGUAUUGCAAUUCUUGGUUAGGAAAAGAAGCGGCGUUUUUCGAACAUGGAUGUAAUCUUCGCCCGCGGAUUGAGAUUUAGUGCCGAAUUAGGGAGUGCCUCGGUAUUGUUAACGAAAUAUCUUCCAUUGUCGGCAUGCUACACGUGUCGUGUCAACACGACGCGCUGGAGGUCAGCGUUUCCCGGUAAGCUCGGACAUGAAAAUGGAGAGGGAAGAGCGUCAUGUAACUCCUUAGGUCUUGUAAAUAAUAUACUCGUUUAUCAAAAGUCAUUGAAACAGGAUAUUAAUAAAAAUGGUGUCACUCUGGCGUACUACUCGGAUCUUAAGCAAAGUUCCGAUGACGAUUGCCAGAAAUCUCAGACCGAACAGAAACUGACAGUAUUUCAAAAGAUGAAACAAAUGACGAAAGACUAUUGGCACGUGCUAAUACCUGUGCAUGUUAUUACUUCUAUAGGAUGGGUAGCUCUAUUCUACACUGCUGUUAGAAAUGGCGUGGAUAUAGUGCAGCUGUUGGAAUAUAUGAAUUUUAGUGAGAAAUAUAUAGAUUUAGUACGUAACUCGGGUGCUGGUGACUGGGCCAUCACUUAUGCCCUUUACAAGAUAUUUACCCCGCUCAGAUACACUGUUACUGUUGGAGGCACGACAAUGGCGAUUAGACACUUGAGCAAGUUAGGCUAUGUGAAGGCAUUGUCAUUCAAGCUUCAAUCAUCAGAGCCUGCGGGCAAAGCUAUGACCAGUGCAGUCAAACAAAUGUGCAACAGAACACAAGACAAAAUUCAAGGCUGAAUCGGAUAAACACACGGAACCGCCAAAGUCAUAAAUAUUACUCUCCCCCUCACUAUGUCAGACCUACGACUGGGCGUAGCUCAGAGACUUAGUGUUGAUGUAUAUUUCUCUUUAUAAAUAUAUAUAUAUAUAUUAUUGUGUCAUAAAAUAAAAAGAUCAUUUCCUUGGUGAAAGUUUCCAAUAGAAAAAGUUCCAUCGUUUUCAAUAUGAAAUCUGGUUCGCAAAUUCACUGAAUCGUUUUCUAUCGGAAAUUUUUAUUAGGGUUUCUGUGUUCAGUA